AUGUGCACUUUUUGCCAUGAGUGUGCACCUGAAUUCCCGUCACUUGCAGAGAGCCUGCAAUCUGAGCUGGCCACAGAUCAAAAGGUGAAGGGUAUACAAGUUGAUUUCACUAAAAAUUCAGUGUAAAAGAACGUAGAAAAAGAUCUGAAGGACGUGGAUAUAGGUUUUCUGGGUCAUUAGCAAUGUUUGCUUCAUAAUCCGCUUCCAUGCUGUUUCCUUAAUGGGCCAAACAUAGAAGAGGACCUUGUCAACUGCAUUAUUAUUUCUGUUUCAGGACAGAAACUCCAGGAACUGUCUCCUAAUUCUAUGACAAAAAUAAUUUUGAAAUUCAUCACUUCACAGAUGCAAGCAAGUCAGAAAGUUCUAAUUCUGAAUCUGUCCUCUGGUUCGAGUACUUUCCCUUGUCCAAUAUAUACAAUGCACUCAGUUACUAAGAUAAAUCUUUCAACACUUCUACAACCACUACAAGCAGAGUAUAAGGCAAAGGUAAUUAUGAUACAGAUAGUGAUUCCUUAUGGUGUUUCUGCUCCAGUGACAACGUACCAAAACCCUGAUGUUAUUACAAAGGCAGCAGAAGAGCUUGUUAGUGAAUCACUGGAGUAUGUCACCUUUGGAGAUGAGAUUUUUGGAUGUUUCACCCAUGAAAUUCUGAUUGAAUUUGCUUGUGUGUAAAUGUCUUCAAAAGACUUCAGCCAAGUCUGUCUGGGGUCAGCCUGUUCUUUUCACUUUUUCAUAGACCUUGGACAUAAAUGAGAAAGAGACAAUGGGUUGUUAAAGCUAAUAUGGCAUCAGUAAAAUAUGAAGAGAGGAAUACACAAGUAAAGUGUAGUGGUAAGAGCAUAGUAUGGUUUUCUUUGCUUAUGAGCCUUGAGCUGAGCUCAGUUUCAUGUCUGGUUAUCCUUUAUCCUCUCUCCAGCUGCCUGUUUUCAUGACCUUGCUAAGGAAUUUUCCAAGACCUCUACUCCUUCAGAAAAAUUGGCCAGAAAUUUCAAAAGUUAUUAGUGGGGGAGAGGAAGGACAUAAAACCAGAAUCCACUAUCACAAAGACAUAAUUUCCUUGGAUACCAUGCUAAUAAAAUAGAGUAAAUAUUUAUACACAGCACCUGUUAAUGAUGAGCAUUAAAUGCAAGUAUAAGAAAGGCAACAGAUUUGCUGAAAGCAGAGGAAUUAACAAUUUCCUCUAAGAAAAAUGUAGUUACUGAAAGCCUGAAGUAAAAGGUUUUGUGGGCCUUAUAUAGGCUCUAAGAAAUUUAUAUAACCAUUUUAACAUAGUC